AUGGGUGGUACUAGAGAUAAAAAAGUUCAAUACUUCUCCAAGUUGAGAGAGUUGUUAGAAGAAUACAAGUCAAUCUUCGUUGUUGGAGUUGACAAUGUUUCUUCUCAACAGAUGCACGAGAUCAGAAAGGCCUUGAGAAACGAUGCCGUUGUGUUGAUGGGUAAAAACACCAUGGUUAGAAGAGCCAUCAGAGGAUUCCUUUCCGAAUUGCCAGACUAUGAAAAAUUGUUGCCAUUUGUUAAAGGUAACGUUGGUUUCAUCUUCACCAAUGCCGAUUUGAAAACCAUUAGAGACACCAUCACCGCCAACGUUGUUGCUGCUCCAGCCAGAGCCGGUGCCGUUGCUCCUGCCGACGUUUGGAUCCCAGCCGGUAACACCGGUAUGGAGCCAGGUAAGACCUCCUUCUUCCAAGCCUUGGGUGUUCCAACCAAGAUUGCCAGAGGUACCAUUGAAAUUGUUUCCGACGUCAAGGUUGUUGAAAAGGACGGUAAGGUCGGUCCUUCCGAAGCUACCUUGUUGAACAUGUUGAACAUUUCUCCAUUCACCUACGGUAUGACUGUUGUCCAAGUCUACGACAAUGGCCAAGUCUUCCCAUCAUCGAUCUUGGACAUCACCGACGACGAGUUGAUUUCCCACUUUGUCAGCGCCAUCAACGCCAUUGCCUCCAUCUCCUUGGCUGUUGGCUACCCAACCUUGCCAUCAGUUGGUCACUCUUUAAUCAACAACUACAAGAACGUCUUGGCCUUGUCGAUUGCUACCGACUACACUUUUGAAGGUUCCGAGGCCAUCAAGGACAGAUUGGCAAACCCAGAAGCUUACGCUGCUGCUGCUCCAGUUGCUGCUGCUGCAGGUGGUGCCGAAGAAUCUGCUGCCGCCGAAGCUGCUCCAGAAGAAGACGCUGAAGAGUCUGAUGAGGAUAUGGGAUUCGGUUUAUUCGAUUAA